UUAUUUGACAUUCUCUGACCCUAGUUGUGAAUCUCUUAAAGCAGGUGCCUCAAAACUAUGGCCCAUGGGGAAGAACAGGCCUACCAAAGUUUCUUUGAUUAGAUGGUUAUUGGAGAAGAAAGGGGAGACAUUAGUCUUUACAUAAUUCCUCUUAUUUUUCAU